AAGCUGCCCGGCCCCGCCUCCACCUGCCCAGCAGAAUUUGAGUUUCCCUGGGCCUGGAAUCUGGUUUCGCUGGGCGCCUUCCUCCCACCUGUAGAGAAGCGGAGAGAACCAGGAACCCAAGUCCAGUCCCCGCGGUCCCAGUCAGAGCUGGACGCGGUCCUGCUGCUCGUGCGGACUCCUCCAGAUGUCAUGGAGCCGGACCUGUCUCCACCACAUGCUGGCAGCCCUCCAGAAGACCUGUGCCCGGAGCCUGGGGCCCCACCCAGGACCCCUCCACCUCCUGACACACCUCUGCCUGGGGAGGCCACGAGGUCCCAGCCUCUGCCCAUCCCAGCCAGCAGGAAGCUUCCUGAGGAGGAGCGCAGGGCCGCCUCGCUGCCUUCCAUCCCCAAUCCCUUCCCUGAGCUCUGCAGCCCCACCCCGCACAGCCCCAUCCUCGGGGGCCCCUCUAGUGCCAGGGGACUGCUUCCUCGAGACACCAGCCGCCCCCACGUGGUGAAGGUGUACAGCGAGGACGGGGCCUGCCGUUCGGUGGAGGUGGCCGCAGGGGCCACGGCCCGCCAUGUGUGCGAGAUGCUGGUACACCGCGCACAGGCCCUGAGCGACGAGAACUGGGGGCUGGUAGAGUGCCACCCCCACCUGGCCCUGGAGCGUGGCCUGGAGGACCACGAGUCCGUGGUGGACGUGCAGGCAGCCUGGCCAGUGGGCGGAGACAGCCGCUUCGUCUUCCGGAAGAACUUCGCCAAGUACGAGCUGUUCAAGAGCUCCGCACACUCCCUGUUCCCAGAAAAGAUGGUCUCCAGCUGCCUUGAGGCACAUAGCGGCAUGUCCCACGAAGACAUCAUCCAGAACUUCCUAAACGCCGGCAGCUUCCCUGAGAUCCAGGGCUUCCUGCAGCUGCGGGGCUCCGGCCGCAAGCUUUGGAAACGCUGCUUCUGCUUCCUGCGCCGCUCUGGCCUCUACUUCUCCACCAAGGGCACCUCAAAGGACCCGAGGCAUCUGCAGUACGUGGCGGAUGUGAAUGAGUCCAACGUGUACAUGGUGACGCAGGGCCGCAAGCUGUACGGGCUGCCCACGGACUUUGGCUUCUGCGUCAAGCCCAACAAGCUCCGGAGCGGCCAUAAGGGGCUCCGCGUGUUCUGUAGUGAUGAUGAGCAGAGCCGCACCUGCUGGCUGGCCGCCUUCCGCCUUUUCAAGUUCGGGGUGCAGCUGUAUAAGAAUUAUCAGCAGGCCCAGGCUCGCCACCUGCACCCGUCCUACUUGGGGUCCCAACCCUUGAGGAGCGUCUCAGACAACACCCUGGUGGCCAUGGACUUCUCAGGUCAUGCUGGACGUGUCAUCGAGAACCCCCGAGAGGCUCUGAGUGCUGCCCUGGAGGAGGCCCAGGCCUGGAGGAGAAAGACGAACCAUCGCCUCAGCCUGCCCACCCCGUGCUCCGGCUCGAGCCUCAGUGCAGCCAUCCACCGCACCCAGCCCUGGUUCCACGGACGCAUUUCCCGAGAGGAGAGCCAGCGGCUCAUUGGGCAGCAGGGCCUGGUGGACGGCCUGUUCCUGGUCCGGGAGAGCCAGCGGAACCCACAGGGCUUUGUCCUGUCCUUGUGCCACCUGCAGAAGGUCAAACACUACCUCAUCCUGCCGAGUGAGGCAGAGGGCUGCCUGUACUUCAGCAUGGACGACGGCCAGACGCGCUUCACAGACCUGCUGCAGCUCGUGGAGUUCCACCAGCUGAACCGCGGCAUCCUGCCCUGCCUGCUGCGCCACUGCGUCACGCGGGUGGCCCUGUGAUGGCGAGCACUGCCCUGGAGUGGAUGGGGGCAAGGGAGGGUGGGGGCCCCCACUCCAGUUUCCUUCUCUGCCCUGCUGCCUCUCACCUGAGGAAAGCCCGAAUGUCCCUUCCCCUCCAAGGUGCUCCGGGCCAUUGCCCGGGACAGGGGCAGACCCGUUGGCCCCAGACCCCACACCCCUGUACAGACUGAGAGGCCAGUGAUCUGUUUUAUACUUGUGACAAUAAAGAUUAUUUUUUGAUACACCCAUGA